AAGUCCGCAGCUGGACCGAGGCACGGUGCUGGUACCAAAGGCGCAGCGGGCAUGAGCAGGCGGCACGGGAGGCAGGACACCCGACCAGCCACACCGCGGCGACACCUCCGCGGUCACCCAGACCGGAGGGACCAGCGGAGCGCGGCGCACUCGCCCGCCAGCCCGGCAGAGCAGGGACACUAGGAAAACUGAAGUCGGAGCGACAGGCGGACACGAGCGCAGGGAAGUGACCCGGCGCAGAAGUCAGGUGUGAACGCCCACCAGCCGUGCUCACUGAUAAGAGUUUGCUUCCCGAUGGGGCCUCCUCCCUCUGCGACGGGACACAAGACCAAGUGGACUUCUGGGGUCCCCAGAGGCGAGGAGAGAAGAGGAGGGGAAGGACCCCAGGCCUCUGCAGGUGACGGUCCGGGUCCCCGCUCCGUGCGGCCAGCGGCGCUCCGGGGACGCGGGCGGCCGCGCGGGGGGCACGACGGCUGCCGGGGCUUUUUCUAGAGGAGGGGGUGGGGAUGCUGAGUCACGGAUCUGUCACUGCUUCUCACCUCUCCCCAGCCCUCCGGGGGCUAAAGCAAAAGCGAAAGCGAAUGCGACUCGCGGGGCGGCCAGUCCCGGGAGCUGCGCCCGCCACCUCCUCCGGGACUGUCCGGCAUCUGCCCGCGCGGCGGCGGGGCGUCGGGGCCGCUGCGAGCCCAGGGGCCGGCGGCCGGGAGUGGGGCCGAGCGUCGGACCAUGGCCCAGGGGCGGCUCUCUGGCUGCAGGCUCAGCGCCCUCCCCGCCCUGCUGCUGUUGCUGCUGCUGCUCCGGCCGGCGACGCCGGGCAUCACAUGCCCUCCUCCCAAGUCCGUCGAACAUGCAGACAUCCGGGUCAAGAGUUACAAAGUGAGCUCCAGGGAGCGGUACACGUGUAACUCUGGCUUCAAGCGUAAAGCUGGGACAUCCAGUCUGACUGAAUGCGUGCUCAAUGAGACCACCAAUAUUGCCCACUGGACAAUUCCCAAUCUCAAGUGCAUCAGAGACCCCUCCCUGACUCACCUAAGGCCAUCCUCCACAGAAGUGCCAGCAGGGGUGACCCCAGAGCCAGAGAGCACCUCCCUUUCUGGAAAAGAGCCAGCUUUCACUUCCAAGUCAGACACCACAGUGGCCACAAAGCCCGCUGUUGUGCCAGGCUCCAGGCUGAUGCCGUCAAAGCCUCCGGCUACAGGAACCACAGGGCCGAUCAGGAAAGAACCCUCCCCAGCCCCACCUCAGGCAACAGCAAAGGCCUCGGAACACAGUCCCUCUGCCUCACAGGAGACGCCAGGUACAUAUUCAUACAAUUCUGGAACUGUGACUGCGGCGAUCUUCACACCUGUCGCUGUGCUCGGUGUCAUGUGUGCGGUACUUCUUCUGGUCUGUUACCAAAAAUCGAGGCAAACUUUGCAGACACCCAGUGUUGAAAUGGAACGCAUGGAAGUGAUGCCAAUGACCAGGGGAACCGACAGCAGAGAGGACGACGCGGAAAACCACCCACACGACCUAGGACACUCCAGGGGGAGACUGAGGGCAGCAGAGGGUGGAGCCAAGGCACCAACCCUGCCCUAGCUGAAGAGGACCUGGAAACAACUCAAGGAGUUGGGCGCCAGGAAAGAGCCCGUCAGGAUGAUAAAACAGACGUCUUGGCAUCAUUUUAUCAACGGCACCCAGCCAAGACAUCUCCUAGGCUCUCCAGUCUCAGGAUGGAUGCUCGGCACCUGCCCUGCCCGGCCUCUUCCCCAGGUGUAGGGCUGACUUCCCCAGAUCCCAGCAGUUGAAGCUUUCCUAGGAAUAGCUGAAGGCCUCGGCUUUCCUUUUAUUUCAUUGUGACAUUUAUUUGGGAUAGCUUAGCAGCUUGACCAUUCCACCCCUCACCCUGACUUGCAGUUUACAGAGAAAACAAAUACACCUGAGACUCUAAGACACUUAUGAGUCUCCUGCUGGCUUAAGACAUGUCUACAAGGAUGACAACAGCGUUGCAGCUCCACGACGCUGUCCCUGUACUGAGGCACUCUGCAGGCACUGAAAGGGAGCAAAGACGGAUUAUGCCCACGAAUCCACUUGAUUUAAGGAUUCACAAAGAAGGCAACUGAACUCAGUGACAUUUUCCAUGUAUAUGCAUUUCUAUUUAUACUCCUGUCUAUAAUAUCUACAUAUUUUAUAUAACUGUUAUUUUGAGAUUAUGCCUUGUAUAAACAAAAUGUCUAUUUUCAAUACAAAAAAAAAAAUGCACUGAAAGAAUCACUGAGAAGAAAUGCACCACAAAUAAAAAAGAGGAGAAAGAGCGGGAAUGCAGAGUCCCAAUAGUUGAGCUUCGCUUUUCUUUCUAAAAGGAGAAAAGAAACCUUGCCUAAAGCUGGAUCAGAUCACAGUUUUGGAGAAUCUCUAAUAAGAUUUCCAUGUGCGAAGUAACAAGUGGCAGGUUACGGCCCAGGUGUGCCUGACACACACACUCUUUCCCUGCAUUGUUCUCCUUUUUUAAAAAUAAAAUGUAUUUAUAAAA